UUGGCACUAUCAAGAAUUACACGUUACAAGUUGCCAUUCGCUUACAAGAAUUUGAUAAGAUUUUAUACAUCAGAGGAUGUACGGUACACGUGUCGCAUGCUCUUUUUCUGUACUUCAUAUAAAUCUUUGAUAUAUAUAAUUGAAAGUGUACCAUAACUUGCAUAAUAAUUGAUGUACAAGAUGAGAGGCUUGUUAUUUGUAAGUCUAUUUUUGAUAAGCGUAUUUGCGGAGCCUAAUGAAAUCGAUUUAAAACAUUUGAAAUGUUUAGUUUGUAGGGCAACUUUAAAAGAAUUACAAAUUGAAGUAUCUAAAGCUGAUCCUAACAAAUUGAUCGAUGUAGGUAGUUAUAGGAUGGAUGCUGAGGGAAAUACCAAACACAAAAAGGUUCCAUUAAAUCGAUCAGAAGUAUACAUCUUAGAUUUGUUGGAUGGUAUCUGUGAGAAAAUGACAGAUUAUGUGAGAGCAACAAAAAAGUCUAAUAAUCAAUUGACAAUUUUAAAUCUCAUGUCUUCACCAGGUAUAAUGAAUCCUCGAAUGAAAGAAGUUGAUAUAAUUCAAGAUAGUGAUUUAAAUAAGAGUCUACAACAUUAUUGCAGUGUUAUAGUUGAAGAAUUUGAGGAUGAUAUAGUAUCGUUAUACAUUAAUGGUAUACGCAAUAAGAAAGAGAAGCUUUGUACAGAGAUUUCAAAUAUUUGUAAUGAAAAUUAUAUUGAUUAUGAUGAUGAUGAUGAUGAUGAUUAUGAUGAUAAUGAUUCUAUAAAUAAUUAUGUUAGUAAUAUUGAUUAUGAUGAAGAUAGAGAUGAAUUGUAAAUGCAUUUAAAACAAUUUCGGGGAUAAAUGGAAAUAAUAUUUAUACAUGUAAGUAAACUAAGAAGAUGGAAAUUUUUAAAAAACUCAAGUUAGAUUAACUAAUUAAAUAGUUUCUGUUCUGUAAAUA